AUGACUUUAAAACGGUCUUUAGGAUAUUUAUUCGGGCUAGGAGACCACACCGCAGCCUGGAAUGGUCAGGAAGAGAAAGGUGAAAGAAUAGAGCUCGAACAGACUAUGGCAGUCCUUUGGCUACAAGAAAUAAGCUCCGUGGUCAAAUAUCCCCCUAUCGCUUUCAAUCUGCCUGCCGCAAUGGAAACGCCAUCUCUAGCAGAAUUAUCGGUCAGCAGAGGCAGAGGGCCUGAUCUGAUCGAACGUCUACGAAGUACGGGGCCCUCUGCAAUAUGCACCUUGGACAUCUCCGCAGUACAUGCGUCGGUGCCGAGAGUUGCAACUUCUUGCCAAGAGCAAACAGGACCAGCAGCUCGUAUUCAUCAAGUGUCAACUCCAGCCUUCACAGGAAAUCCAAACGUGGGCGCGUGUCCGGGUUGGGCUGCUGGGGCAUCCGGGACAGCGGCUCUUUUGACAUGCUGCGCUCUGCACCCGUUUGAUCUUGUCAAGACUCGCAUGCAAGUUGCGGCUGUCACUGGUGGUGCGAUCCCACGGUACAGCUCUACUCGUUCGGCAAUCACUAGGAUCUUCAAACAGGAAGGUCUGAGAGGCUUGUGGAAGGGGGUAGGCGUUACAGCAACAGCCUCUUCUACCUCUUGGGCUUGCUUCAGAUAUAUUUUUGAUAACUUCAGCGCCAGCUUUCCAAAGUGGCGCGUGGCUCUUUUCGGACAUUCGCACCAGUCAACAGAAGUGGCAGAAAGGACAUCUGUCGACGAUGUGGCUAGCGGUCUUUUAGCGGGCAUCGUAGUGACCGGUCUGACGCAUCCCUUGUGGCUUGCAAAGGCGCGAAUGGAGAUGCAAGCCAAAGAAACUGAGGUAGGACGCCCUGUUAUUGAAGGCGUUGCUGGCUGGCCACGCUUCCGCAAUGGCUUUCGAUGUAUUUUGAGCGCCGCCCGCGGCGGCAUAAGUGAAUGCUACAGAGGCAUUGGCCCAGCACUAGCCCUUGCGCCGCAUGCAGCAAUUCAAAUCGCAGCCUAUGAACGGCUAAAGAGGAACCAGUAA